AUGGACCAAACCACCAUCCCACUUCUCACCAUUUCACUUUCCCGCCACCUUUACGGCCGCGAUAUAAACGAAGGACUGAAAGAACAGUGGUCCGAAGCCAAAGUUGCCACUGAGAUAUCUUCACGAUUCACCAAUAUCGGGUUCAACCUCAACGCAGAUGGGUCAAACCUCGGAGGCCUCAAGACGAAACUGGAGGAGAGUGAAUGGAGCGGCAUCAUUAUUGGUUGGUGUGCGCGGGGCAAUAUCGAGUUUACGGAGCUAUUCGAAUCUACCGUAGCUGUUUGUGUGGAUUACAUUGCACUGAAGAGGCAGGGCAAUGUUGCCAUGAAGGAACCUAAGCUUAUCUUUUGUCGAGGACCUCAGGACCUUGUUAACGCUACAUUGCGGAACUUUCCAUUGAACAACUGA